ACAAUAAAAUAACACUCGGAAAGUUUAAAAGUCGUCGAAAACUCUAGAGAGGUUUAGUCGCGCAGCCUAAACUAAACCCCAAACCCACUUCUACUCUCACAGUGCGUCAGCAAUGGCCGUCUGCCACCACCAAGUUCCCUUCAAGCUCUUCACUCCGAUUCCACCACCAAACCCAAAACCCAUCUUCCGAUGCAACCUCUCUCUCCCCUCCCGACCCACCCUCCUCACCGCCGAGCCCGAACCCCUCUACACCUCCGUCAAGGCCUUCGCCCCCGCCACUGUCGCCAACCUCGGCCCCGGCUUUGACUUCCUCGGUUGCGCCGUCGACGGCCUCGGCGACUUCGUCUCCCUCACCGUCGACCCCCAAGUCCUCCCCGGAGAGAUCUCCAUUUCCGAGAUCUCCGGCGACCACAGCUCCAAGAAGCUGAGCAAGAACCCCAUCUGGAACUGCGCCGGGAUCGCCGCCAUCGAGGUCAUGAAGAUGCUCGGCGUCCGCUCCGUCGGCCUCUCCCUCUCUCUCCAGAAAGGCCUGCCUCUGGGAAGCGGGCUCGGAUCCAGUGCGGCCAGCGCCGCCGCCGCCGCCGUCGCCGUCAACGAGAUUUUCGGCGGGAAGUUGGGCGUCGAGGCGCUGGUGCACGCUGGGCUCAAAUCGGAGGAGAAGGUCUCCGGUUACCACGCCGAUAACAUCGCUCCGGCGCUGAUGGGAGGCUUCGUUCUGAUUCAGAAUUAUGAGCCGUUGGAUUUGCUCCGGUUGAGCUUCCCCUUGGAUAAAGAGCUGAUAUUUGUACUGGUGAGCCCCGAAUUCGAAGCUCCGACGAAGAAAAUGAGGGCGGCGCUGCCGACGGAGAUAGGGAUGGCCCACCACGUGUGGAAUUCCAGCCAGGCCGGAGCGCUGGUGGCGGCGGUGCUUCAAGGUGACGUGGCGAGGCUCGGCAAGGCAUUGUCGUCUGAUAAGAUUGUGGAGCCUAAGAGAGCUCCUCUGAUUCCGGGCAUGGAGGCGGUGAAGAAGGCCGCCAUUGAGGCUGGAGCUUUGGGCUGCACAAUCAGCGGGGCCGGGCCCACGGCGGUUGCGGUGACGGACAAUGCCGAAAAGGGGAAGGAAAUCGGAGAGCGGAUGGUGGCGGCUUUUUUGAAAGAUGGGAACUUGAAAGCUGUGGCGAGUGUGAAUAGGUUGGACAGAGUUGGUGCUAGGCUUGUUAGUAGCAUUCCCAGAUGAAGUGUUGGAGUUGUUCUCGGAAUUUGAGUUGCGCAUUUAGGUGGGAGCUUUGGGUUACUUUGCUUUUGGGGAAGGAACUACGUAUUUGAUCACGGGGCUCGUCUGGUGCAGGCUACCAUAAUGGUGAAGCAUUGAAGCCUGGUCUUGUUUGACUUUAUUCGUUACAUGGCCUAGAAGAUAAAUCCAGUUCAUUAAAUUGUAAAGAAGCGGCUUUGGACAUUUGGGGUGGUUGCUGGUUUGGAAGGGAGUUUGGUGGGUCUCUUGGUCCAGAGAUUUGCUAUUUUCAUGUCUUAGCAGGAAUGAUGUGUGUUACUUUUUUGUGAAUUGGAGUUAAAUUUUCAUUUUUGACGACUUUGGUAUUAGGAGUUUUUCUUGGGGUUUCAGGAACUUGUUUUCCUCUUCAAGACAAAUUUGCUGUCAUUGCAAGAUAUUUGAAUAUCAACUAUUUUUAGCUUA